AUGCAACCCAUUUUGGAGCUUGUCUAUUCCGAAGAAGUUUAUGUUCGAGCUCUCCGUCUUGUAAAGGAAAAUUAUAUACCCGUUGCCGCUAACGCGAAAGCGAUUGUAUCAAUUUCAUCUACUCCAUUUUGUUCAAAUUCCGAAACCGGGGGCGAUUCUGGAAUUUUGAAUUGUUCGUCCAUUUUAAGCAAUGCUCCUCCAGUUCCUGAUGAUCUAGCAGCUCGAUGGCGUAUUUUGUGGGGAAAUUGGAUUCAGUUGUUUGAGUGGCAUUCAAAUUUUUUGGAUCGUCUUCAAUCAGCUGUAGAAUCGGACCCUGACAAGAUACCAAAGCUUUUUAUUGAUUCCCAAGCUCGCCUUCGUUCUAUCUAUUCAAAGUACUGCGAAAAUCAUAGGAAAGCAGCUUUGAUAGGCGAACAAUAUAGAGAUUACUUUGAGGAAUUGAGGUUGCACGUAGGUGACAAAGAAGAUGUGGUUUCCCAUCUUAUGAGGCCUGUUCAAAGAAUAAUGCGAUAUCAAUUGCCAAUGCAAGAAAUUGUUAAACACACGGCCAGAGCAAAUUGUUCUUCUCUGCCCUUAUGGCAGAAGGCACUUACAAUUAUGAAGGAGAUUCCAAAGGACACUCAAUUAAUUCUUGAGACAUAG